UAAAAUUAUAGCGUAGGAUACACGCCACACAAAAACGAAAAAAGAAUAAUACGAAUGGAUUUUAACGCUUAAAGUAAGCACUCGAAUGUAUUAUUGUUUAACAUAAUACAGAAUUUAAUCCACAAUAAGAGAUAAUAAGAAAAAAAAAACACAAAAGAAAUGAAUAGUAUAUUAACAAAAUUUCGUAAGUUACCCAUCCAAUUUCCUCUAGUUCGUGGAAUGGUAUCCUACGCUGUAAUUUGGCCGACGUGCAGCAUAAUCCAAGAGUACAUCGAGAACGGUACAACGAUUGAAAACGCUGAUUGGUUGAGAGCUGCUCGUUUCGGUAUAUUCGGUACAUUUUUCAUGGCACCAGUUUUCUACGGAUGGAUGAAGUAUAGUGGAAGGUUUUUCAGGCGGAAAAAUUUAAGGACAGCCAUAACGAGAGCGGCCAUAGAACAGGUUUCGUACUCUCCCGUAGCGAUGGCUUACUUCUUCUUUGGUAUGAGUCUCUUGGAGAUGAAGCCUCUAAAGGCGUGUAUCAACGAGGUUAAGGAGAAAUUUUGGCCGACAUACAAAGUGGGCGUGAUCUUCUGGCCGACGGCUCAGACGAUUAACUUUUAUUUCGUGUCCGAGAAGAACAGAAUCGUAUUCGUGAGUCUAGCUAGUUUUGUCUGGACGAUAUUUAUGGCGCAUAUGAAGGCCAAACAGCAAACUCAUAUAAAUGAAAUAAAGGGUUUUGAUGAGUGA